CUGUAGCCCCUACGUGGUGAGUAGAUCGUGUCCAAAAAAAAGAAAUCAGCGGAGGCUUCCACAGUCCCUGGUUGGAAUGGAACCCGCGAUGAGGGUGAGAGGCGCUGAAGACCAGAAGACCCAGGGCGUGGACGGGGCGUGUCAUGCCUGGAGUUUCAGUGGAAUUUCAGGCCUGUCUUCUUGAGCAGCAGAGGAGGAGAUUGUGUGUGCCUGUGAGAGACUGUGUGGGUGUGGGUGUGGGUGUGGGUGUGAUGAACGAAUAGUGUUGUGUAUGUGUGUGUGUGUGUUAGACGAAUGAACAGGGUUGUGUACCUGUGUAAAUUGUCACUGUGACUCCAGGCUCUAGGCUCUGCAGAUUCCGCAGCCCUGUCGCCUCACAGACACUUGGGAUCUGCAGCACAUAAAAGAGAGAAGCCAGAUUCAUGGAGGCAUGAAGGAUCCCAGCAAGAAAACACAGACUUGAUCUUGAGAUGAGAUUUUUGAAGUUGGCUGCGGCCUCAAGGCAGGCUCUGAGAAGACUCCAUAAAGAGUUCUCAGGAAUAGGAAUCCCUCCUGGAUAUUUCCCUCUUGGAAGCUCCGAGGAGCCAGCUAUAUGUUUGUAACCAUAGCAUUUCUAAAUCUCCAGCCCCAGGAACCUGCUGUGAAUUAGAGACAGGUUCCACCCUAGACAUCGGUGACGUUGGCCUCUCUGGUAUUGGGAAGGUCAACACUGUUCCAGUUUCCCUCCUACUCCCAUCUGGUUGUGCUCAGUGAAGUAGGUGAGCAGUGCUGCCCUUCUGUUAAAAAAAAAAAAAAAACCAUGAUCCUGAAAGAGGAAAGAAUUUUUGUUACACAACUGAAAGCUAAAGUCCAGGUGCCAUUGACAUUCAGCGAUGUUGCCAUAGACUUUUCUCAGGAAGAGUGGAAAUAUUUAAACUUAGAUCAGAGAGAUUUUAGAGAUGUGAUGUUGGAGAAUUAUACUAACGGAAUUAAACUGGACCUUGAUUUCACAACUGAAAGUGACAAGUUGUCUUGAGAAAAAAGAAAUUAUGAAGUAAAUGCAUACCAUCAGGAGACAUUGAAAAGAAAGAAAACCUUCAACCUUAUGAGGUUUAUUUUCAGAAAUGACCCACGGUACACAAUUGAAUUUGGGAGACAACAGGGACCUAAAGUGGGAUGUUUUAGUCAAGUGAUAUUCAAAAAACAUAAAUCCCUUCCCCUGCAUCAGAGAAAUAACACAAGAGAGAAAUCAUAUGAGUGUAAGGAAUAUAAGAAGGGCUUUAGAAAAUAUUCACACGUUACUGAACACCUGAGAGAACAUACUGGUGUGAGACCCUAUGAAUGUAAUGAAUGAAAAGCAUUUGUAAUUUCCUAGCAUUUUAUUAGACAUCAAAAAAUCCACACUGAUUUGAAACCCUAUGAAUGCAAUGGAUGUGAGAAGGCCUUUAGGUUUUAUUCACAGCUUAUUCAGCAUCAGAUAAUUCAUACUGGUAUGAAACCCUAUGAAUGUAAGCAAUGUGGGAAGGCUUUUAGACAUCAUUCUCACCUUACAAAACAUCAGAAAAUUCAUAUUGGCUUGAAACCCUUUGAAUGUAAGGAAUGUGGGGAAACGUUUAGAUUAUAUCGACAGUGUCUGCAUCAGAAAAUUCAUCGUGGUGUGAAACCCUAUAAAUGUAAAGAAUGUGGAAAGGCUUUUGGUCAUCAUUCAAGUCUUUACCAACAUAAGAAAAUUCAUUCUGGUGAGAAACCAUAUAAAUGUGAACAAUGUGAAAAGGCCUUUGUUUGCAGCCAUCUACUUGUUGAACAUCAAAGAAGUCAUACUGGUGAGAAACCUCAUGAAUGCAUGGAAUGUGGAAAGGCUUUUAGUAGGGGCUCAAGCCUUCUUAAACAUAAGAGAAUUCACGGUGGUGAGAAACUCUAUGGUUGUAAGGAUUGCGGAAAGGCCUUUUGUAGAGGCUGUCAACUUACACAGCAUCAGAGAAUGCAUACUGGUGAGAAGCCAUAUGAAUGUAAAGAAUGUGGGAAGACUUUUAAGCUUCAUUCAUAUCUUAUUCAACAUCAGAUAAUUCAUACUGAUUUGAAGCCAUAUGAAUGUAAGCAAUGUGGGAAGGCCUUCAGUCGUGUUGGAGACCUUAAGAUACAUCAGUCAAUUCAUGCUGGGGAGAAACCCUAUGAAUGCAAGGAAUGUGGAAAAACCUUUAGACUUAAUUCUCAACUAAUUUAUCAUCAGACAAUUCAUACUGGUUUGAAACCCUAUAUAUGUAAAGAAUGUAAGAAGGCCUUUCGUUCUAUCUCAGGUCUUUCUCAACAUAAGAGAAUUCAUACUGGUGAAAAACCCUAUGAAUGUAAAGAAUGUGGUAAGGCAUUUAAUCGUAGUGAUCGACUUACUCAACAUCAGAGAAUUCAUACUGGUGUGAAACCACACAAAUGCAAAGAAUCUGGUAAGGCCUUUAGUCUUUGCUAUCAACUUAGUCAACAUCAAAGAUUUCACCGUGGUGAGAGAUUCUUAAUGUAAUAAGAGGGAAAGCCUUUAGCCAUGGCACAUCUUUUACCAUUGUCACUAUUAUGAUGCUAUAGUGAAGAUGUUGUUUUUUUUUUUGAGACGGAUUCUCACUCUGUUGCCCAGGCUGGAGUGCAGUGGCACUAUCUCGGCUCAGUGCAAGCUCCGCCCCCCAGGUU